CACUUAGUAUCAUAGUUAGUCCUGUUUGAUUAAAGUGAAAGUUUCAAAAUGAAAGUCAUUCUUGUAUCUUGUUUGAUCGUGAGUGCUAUGGCUGAACUACCUCGCUUCAGACCGGCGAGGUUCAGGUUUCAACGUCAAGAGUUAGCACCGACGACAACAGAUUCGCCGACAGAAUCGACCACGGAUCAGACAGGACCAUAUCCACCAUCAGGUUGGAGGCCUUCUGGUCAAGCUUUCACGUUGCCACAAGAUACUACUCCAACUCCAAUGGACUCAUACGGACCUCCAGAAGCUAGUGGGCCAUACCCACCAUCUGGAUGGAAGCCUCAAGGACAAGCAUUCACAUUACCACAGGAGCAGACGCCACCAGAAACUAGUUACGGUGCUCCAGAUAGCACGUAUGGUGUUCCUGAAAACACAUAUGGUGCGCCCAGUACUGAUUCAACAACAACUGAUAAUCCCGCAGUAGAAAAAUUAGUAGAGCCAAUAGACGUACAGAAGAGUAUUGGAACAUAUUACGUUCUUUUGCCAAAUGGACAGUUGCAAAGAGUGGAAUUCGUGACAGAAAAUGACAUACAAAAUAUGAAAUAUACAGCGAGGUUGCAGCUUCGUGAACGAGCCCCGUUGUACGUGUUUGGACCUUGAAAUUGAUAAUGCAUUGGGAUCAAUUUUACAGCGAUUUGUUGUGUUACCUUGUUACAGUAAUUAUGAAAUAUCAUUUAAUACAUAAUGGAAAUAGAAUAAAAAUAAAAUAAUUAAAACCAAAUAUAUUUAUUUUCUGUACCUAUUGUCAUGAGUAAGGCACUCAUAAAGACCGAACAAUUGUUUUCUUUAUAUUUAAGAGCUUCUAUUGUACUUGCAAUUUAUAUUCCCCAACGCGUUAAUUGAUUGAACUCCUAUAGGCACAUUGGUUUUUCCUUUGAGGUUAUAGAAAGUGCACCUUUAUUUGCGCACACACUUGAGCACUAUGUAUAAUCUCCUGCGAAUUUUGUUAUUCUUCGUCGGUGUUAUGUCAUAGAAUAUAUUUUUUAAUAAUAAUUUAAAAUGAUGGUUAUUAUUGCUUGUAUUCUUAAAUAUUGU